UGAGCGGGGGUCCCCAGGCGGCGGGCUCCCUUUUCCUGCCCCCCGGCCCGAGGCCAUGUCCACGGGCUCGCUGAGCGAUGCCGAAGACCUUCCCGAGGCGGAGAUACUGGGCUGCUCCGGCAGCCUGAAAAUGGACCGCUGCCGUUCGCCGUCCGCUCCACGUCAGAGCCCCGCCGAAGGCUCGACCGGCGAGCGGGGCUCCCCGGGCAAAGGCCGGGGCGCGGCGGCGGGCAAGGCACGUAAGAAAACGCCGGGCAAGAAGAGCCCUCCGGGAACGGCGGGCCAGGAGGGCAAGCAGGUCCAGCGGAACGCGGCCAACGCCCGCGAGCGGGCUCGCAUGCGGGUGCUGAGCAAAGCCUUCUCCCGCCUCAAGACCACCCUGCCCUGGGUGCCUCCGGACACCAAACUCUCCAAGCUCGACACGCUCCGCCUGGCCUCCAGCUACAUCGCCCACCUGAGGCAGAUCCUGGCCAGCGACAAGUACGAGAACGGCUACCUUCACCCCGUCAAUUUGACAUGGCCUUUUAUGAUUGCUGGCAAACCAGAGAAUGAGCUGAAAGAAGCAGUGAACACAACUCGGUUGUGUGGCCCUACUGCCUCCUGACCCAGGAUUUUCAAGCAUGAGAAAAGCACCUCUGGAUGAAUGCAUUUGUGCAUUGUGUAUACGGACUUGUGGGGGAAGCCUUUCAAGGAGGCAACAAACUGUUUUCUCAUGGAACAAACAAAUCCUAAAACUGAAAAGAAGACCAAAUGUACU